CAGCAUUCCCAUCCGAUGCACUCGGUCGGAGCGGCGAUGUAUGGCGAGGAUACGACAGGACAAACUGGUGUCGGUAGUCGUAGUCCUCCAACCUCCCUGCACAACGUCGCUAGCCACAACAGUGCUGCCAAUCAUAUCGUACAACAACAGCAGCAGCAGCAGCAGCAGCAACAACAGCAGCAGCAGCAGCAGCAACAGCAGCAGCAGCAAGUUGCCGCAGCAGCGGCGGCGGCAGCAGCAGCCGUGGCACAGCAACAGCAAGUGCAGGCACAGCAGUCGUCGGCAGGCCAGCAAACACAGAACACUUCCUCUUCGAACGCUUCUCAGCAGCAGAGCAGCGCUGGAUCUGUUGUAUCGGCUGCGACCCAAAUCGUACCUCCUUCCGCUGCUAGCGAAUCACCGGGAAGCGUAAGCUCACAGCCAUCAGGUCCUAUUCAUAUACCAGCAAAACGUCCCGCAUUCGAUACGGAUUCUCGGCUGCGACAUUCGUAUCCGUGGGGUAACGAAUCGGCGGCUGAUUACGCUUACCAUGCCCAGUAUCCGCCGUACGCGCUUGCAACAGAUAUCAAGCCAAUGUACUACCCAAGCUACCCAACCGAAGCCAAUUUUCAACCACACCCGUAUUAUCCAAAAUACGAGCCGGACGCGUAUAUAGCAGCAUCCGCGGAGCGAUCUCGAGGAGUCACUGGCGAUCCACCUUCACUGCAGUCCAGCUAUGAGUCGUAUAACUCGUCUGGGUUAAGAUCUUACUCCGGCGAAACAUAUCCUAAUCCUGGUUCCAGCUUAUCUGUCGGUGUAAGUGGUGUUGGUUCCUGUACGCCCUCGAACCCGCUCGAAUGGACAGGAAACGUAACCGUACGGAAGAAGCGAAAACCAUAUUCCAAGUUCCAAACGUUGGAACUGGAAAAAGAGUUCCUGUUCAACGCGUACGUUUCGAAGCAGAAGCGAUGGGAGUUGGCUCGCAAUCUCAACCUGACUGAGCGACAGGUUAAAAUCUGGUUCCAAAAUCGACGUAUGAAGAACAAAAAGAACAGCCAGCGCCAGUCUGCGCAAGCGAACAGCGGAAGUAGUAACAACAGCUCCAGUCACAGUCAUUCCCAGCCACAGGCACAUCACAAUCCGCAUCAUUUAAGCCUUGGCCUGGGCAUGCCUACGCUCCACGGUAGCAAGAUGCAUCAGUGA